CUGAGUUAAAAGACGAGCAUUAUAUAAUUCCUACUAUAGUUCCAUUGGGGUCUCUUGCUCAAGUCACACACAUUCAAGAAAAUGUCCACCAUUAUAAUGACUAGAGGAGCUUCAAAAUAUGUCUUCUUCUUCUCCUUGUUUAUUCUUCUUGCUUGCAUUUCUGGAUUAUCCCCAGCUUUUAGCUUUAAGCACAAAGAGCUUGAAAAGGAAAGGGAACAAAAAUUCCAUUUUUUCGCGAAAGGACUGCUUGAAUUGUUACCCAUUAGAGCAUUUAAACAUGAUGACUCGAUGGAUCCACCAUCAACUGGAUUUCCUACAACCCCUAUCGUAAAUCCUGUCACAACUCCAACUAAUAUGCCUCCAGGUAACUCAGCUCCAACAGUUGUUACUGUCCCAUCCACAAACCCCAACCCUGGAAUUCCGAAUCUUGGGUCGACACCUCCUGCAGCCCCUGUAACUGACCCGAACCCCAACCCCAACCCUCCGGGACCAAUUACUAAUCCAGUUACCACCCCCAGCACAGAUUCACCCGUAAGUAAUCCUGUAACAACGAAUCCAAACCCCGUAGGUGGUGUUCCUGUCACCACCCCGGUAACGCCACCUGCAACUACAAAUGCUCCUUCUACUGGAGGUGGGAGCUGGUGCGUAGCAAAGAAUGGAGCGGCACAGACUGCGCUUCAGUCGGCACUUGAUUAUGCUUGUGGGAAGGGAGCAGAUUGCUCAGCCAUCCAGCAGGGUGGAAGUUGUUAUAAUCCUAAUAGUCUGCAAAGUCAUGCAUCCUAUGCUUUCAAUAGCUACUUUCAAAAGAAUCCAGGGCAAACGAGCUGUGAUUUUGGGGGUGCCGCCAUGAUAACCAACUCAAACCCAAGCACCGGUUCUUGUGUUUUCCCUGCAUCGGGGUCUUCUACAUCAUCGCCUACAACACCUACUCCAACAACUACCACGCCAACGUCUGGAACUCCAGCACCAACAACAUCAUCGACAACAGGUGCUGCAGUACCAGGCUUAGCACCUCCAACAGGGAUGAACGGGAACGACUCUGGUUUUGGAAUGAUGCCCUCGGGCAUUGGUGAGAGUAUCCCUCCAACUUCUACCACCUCACUGUCCAUGUCAAACCGUUUGCAACCCCUAGUUGGCUGCAUCAUUCUAGUCGCCUCCGUAGCGACUAGCAAGCUUGUCUUGGAGAUAUGAGGAAAGAGGAAGCUCAAUUGUCAAGUGAGAAGCUGGAUUUUCAGUUUCAAGCUAUGUACAGCUCUUGUGGAGGAAACGGAAGCAGUUAGGAGUAUUCUCAGAGGCUUAGACAUGACACACCUAUACACUGCUUUAGUAUAGUUAAUAUAUCGUGCAUUCCAGCUACCUAGAUGUAAAAUUCAUAUAUUAGUUUUAGAGACAUCUAUAUUUACCACUUUGAAGUAGUAAUUCUUAUUCAGUAAGUUCAUCAUGUCUGAUGUUACACUGAUAUAUUAUAUCUGUCUGCUUAUGAAGGAUCCUAGAUCUCAGAUGAUCAUUU